CACGAAGUCAUAACCUCGUCGUGGCGUGGUUAGCGAUCUCCAUGUUAUCAUUGACAUGUGUCGUUUGUCGGCGUUUGAUCAGGUUAAGAUAGCGCGUUGGAGCAUUAAUGCAUUUUUGAAAAGUAUUCGUAAAAAUUGAAACAAAAUAUAUCGCGAGAAAUAGAUUGGAAAAAGAAACCGUAGUGUGUUCCGAAGAGAAACGAUAUCGGGGAUGAAUUUCUUCUCUGAUCGGACGAGACUGCGUUGCGUAAAUAACACUCGAAUUUUUCUGUCAAAAUACGAGAGUAAUGCUUUGCAAAACGGCAGAUCGCGAUGAGAAUUUGUAAAAAUGUGUUUACACUCACGACGUGCCGCGAAUAAGACUGUGUAAACGAUGUUGCAAGCACGUUGGGAACGUUCUCAAAAACGCAAGAAACUCUUGGCCCAAACGCUGGGAGUUUCUAGUGUAGACGAACUGCGACAGAUUUUGGGAACAGACGUGGAAGAUACACAGAAAAAGAGAAGCAGACUGUCCAAUGACAAAUCUGACAGUACAAUCAAAGAUUUAAAAGAUGAUGCUGUUCCAACAGAUGAAAUUGUAUAUAAGGAUUCUUCGACAUUUUUGAAAGGCACACAAUCAUCGAAUCCACAUAAUGACUAUUGCCAGCACUUUAUUGACACUGGCCAACGACCACAAAACUUUAUUCGAGAUGUAGGUCUGGCAGAUAGAUUCGAAGAGUAUCCAAAACUUCGUGAGCUGAUCAAGUUGAAAGACGAUCUGAUCGCGGAAACGGCGACUCCACCAAUGUAUCUAAAAACAGAUCUGCUGUCGUAUAACUUGAAAGAGCUCAAUUGUAAAUUUGAUGUCAUUCUUAUAGAGCCACCGUUGGAAGAAUAUCAAAGAACGUGUGGUGUAACUAACGUACAACUAUGGAACUGGGACCAAAUAAUGGAGCUAGAUAUUGGCGAAGUGGCUGCCAAUCGCAGCUUCGUAUUCCUGUGGUGCGGUAGCAGCGAUGGCCUGGACAUGGGGCGAUUCUGCUUGCGCAAAUGGGGCUUCCGACGUUGCGAAGACAUCUGCUGGAUUCGCACAAACAUCAAUAAUCCAGGUCACAGCAAAAAUCUAGAUAGCAAGGCAGUGUUACAGAGAACGAAGGAACAUUGCCUGAUGGGCAUCAAAGGCACAGUGCGACGCUCUACUGAUGGCGAUUUUAUUCAUGCGAACGUCGACAUCGAUCUUAUCAUAUCCGAAGAACCGGAUUACGGUUCCAUCGAGAAACCGGUGGAAAUUUUUCACAUUAUCGAACACUUCUGCCUCGGUCGAAGAAGGUUGCAUCUCUUUGGUCGAGACAGCACUAUCAGACCCGGUUGGCUCACUGUCGGUCCAGAACUAACAAAUACGAACUUUAAUGCAGAUCUUUACCAGAGUUACUUUGCUAACGGCCAAAUCACUACCGGUUGUACCGAGAGAAUAGAGGCUCUCAGACCGAAAUCACCUCCACCAAAGGGGAAAGUGUCCGGACGUGGCAGAGGAGGUUUUAGUCGCGGCAGAGGUCGAGGAAGAUAAAUAACUACUACUAGGUUCUCCUUUGUAUGUCUUUGAUUAUUAUUAUUAUUAUUAUUAUUAUUAUUAUUAUUAUAAAUGUAAGAAAUUUGAAAACAUGAAAUUCACAGAAACAAUUUCAUUUUUUUUUACGCUCAAAAAUAUUUGAAUUUUUAAAAAUGUGUUUUAACUUGUCACACAAAAUAUUCCUUGCCUUCCGUUUAAAACUUUAAAUUUUCCUAUUUGUAAAAUUUUUUCAAAAAAUAUGAACUUUUGGAGAAUUCGUCAUUAAAAGAAAUAAUACAAAUUCUUGUUGUUGCGUAGGAAAGGGAUAAAAAAAAGAAAGAAUAAAUCAGGUUUUUGUUUUACUAUCAAACUUAUUGUUAUUGCAAGGUACAUUGUAAUGAACGCAAUUUGUCGUUUGAACGCAUUACAUAUAACUUAACUAUCUGCAGAUAGUACAUAAUAUUGCCUCUAUCUUUAAAUCAUUAACGAUAUAAAUCGGACUGCCAGAGUCGCAGUGUUUUUUAAGAGGGGAGUGGUGGAAUUUUAAAAAUAACACGCUAAAAAGAUCGCGUAAAAUCCAAUUUGUCGAAUUUGUAGCUAAACCGCAUCUAAUUGCAUUAAUUAUAGAUCGCACUAGGAACAAACGAAUGUACGUACAUAUAAAAAAAUAAAACAUAUCUUUCGUUGUGUUGCGGAAGCAAAGAAAUAUUACUUAGUCUUACGAGUAGCAUGAUUUAACUAAUUAAAUAAUAACGAAGUAUAUCAAUCCUCGAGAGAGUAAAGAAAGGCGCACGCAUCUCAUCGGUCGUUCAGAAUAUCGCCAAGUGAUAUUGUGUACUUUUGAAUAGAUUUCUAGAGAGAAAAAAUAUUAUGACGUUCAUGUAAGUUGUUAUUAUGGCGUACUUUUUUAAAGACAAAUUUCGUUUUAUAUUUGUUAUCUAUUUAAAAUGUCACCAUAUAGUUUGGAAUAAAACCGAAACGUUCAGCUGUUGCGGUGUGAAUGUUUGACGAAAGAAUGAAUUAAAAAAUUUUAAAACACUGUUUCGCGCAAAUAAUAAUCACAAAAUUUGUUUCCUUUUUUUUUUUUAGAAAAUAAUUUAUAUAAAUUAUAAAAACCUGUCCUUUGUCAACAUGAAAUUGUUAAAUGCACAUAUUCAAUGACAUCGCUCAAAAGAUUAAACGUCACACUCUUUCGGAGACAGAGAGAAAAGUUAAUUAAUUUUUCUAUUUAAAUCUGAGAUCAAGUCACGUAUUUUGUACUCUAUAGGCUGAGUCUCGAGUAAUUAAUUCGUAGUAUACAUCGUAAACAUAUACAGAGAGUUCUUAAAAUUAAAGUCGUGAAGAAGAAGAAAACAAAAAUACGCAGACUUACAAGGUAAAUUUUAUUGGUCCCAGUAAAGCUUCCGGUGAACGAAUCUAUAUCUCAGAAAAAAAAGUUCCUCGUUCUUUCUGUUACGUUUGAAUGCAUUUUUCGCGUUAACGACACAAUUAGAUGUACUUUAUAUUUCUACUUCAUAAAAGAGCAGACUUCAUUGAUGAGGUCACAAAAAAAAACAUACUACAUGUGUAUCGGGGGAGUAGACUUGUUAACAACAAACUUAACCUUUUAUAGUGGAAAAAUAUAUGAAAAAUAUCGGUUUAUCAUAGUUUUGUACACUACAACACAGAAGAGAUAUCCUUUUUUUUCCUUUUUGUGACUAAAUAGUAAGAAAUUAAACGACGAUUAUUUAUUUAUUUCUAUCAUCUUAUGUCGAAUUAAUUAUAGAAAUCAUCUAUAUAAUCGUAAUUUUAUUUAUGAUGGAUCUUACAUAGCUAUUUUCUCGUAAUGCGUUUUUAAAUGCUACAUUUCUACCUCUCUCUCGUCGUUAAUUCGUCGUGAUAAACGAUGACAUAAUACAAAAAAA